UUAGCGAGGGUAGACAUACGUAGGCACUUCGCCUCGCGUUCGUUUCUUUGAAAGAGUUUGUAUGUAUCCCCAUCGGAAAAAAAAUGGCUGACAAAAUUUCCAAGCCUUAUGGUCGUGUAAUCAUAAACUUAGAAAAUUGCCUCCUUCCAACAGAAAGACUUGCGUGUACUGCUUCCAGUCUCGAUGGAUUGGACCCAGAAACAGAAAUGGAUCUCAGGAUCCUUGGAUGUGAACUAAUCCAAACUGCCGGAAUUUUGUUAAGAUUACCACAGGUUGCAAUGGCAACAGGCCAGGUUCUGUUUCACAGAUUCUAUCAUAGCAAAUCGUUAGUUCGACAACCCAUGGAAAUAACUGCUAUGGGAUGUCUGUGUUGUGCCUCCAAAGUUGAGGAGGCCCCAAGAAGAAUUAGAGAUGUGAUAUCUGUUUUUGAGCACAUCAAGCAAGUUCGUGGUGGAAAAACCAUUGAACCUGUCUUGCUUGACCAAGGAUAUAUUAAUUUAAAGAAUCAAGUUAUUAAAGCUGAAAGAAGAGUUCUAAAAGAAUUAGGAUUCUGUGUUCAUGUCAAACAUCCACACAAGAUUGUUGUUAUGUACCUGCAAAUACUGGGAUUUGAGAAGAACAAGCGACUUGUCCAACUUUCCUGGAAUUACAUGAACGACUCGCUGAGAACAGACGUCUUUGUCCGAUACAGUCCUGAAACCAUCGCCUGUGCCUGUAUAUACCUCAGCGCCCGCAAACUGGGCAUCGUUCUACCCAAGAAACCCGCUUGGUACCUCCUGUUUGGCUGCGUCGAAAAUGACUUAAAGGACAUCUCUAUUCGCAUUCUCAAACUGUACACGCGAUCCAAGCCGGACGCCGACGUCCUGGACAAGAUUGUGGCGCAGUUGGAACAAGCUUAUCAGGAGAGUCGCCAAAGACUGAAGCAAGUAGGCCAGGAGGGCGGCGCUUCGGGACUUGUUUCGGGUGGGAUAGCCACGCCCAUAAAAAAUGAGAGUCACUCGACUUUCAGUCCGGGUGUGGCUGUCGCUGCUGUAACUCAACAACCAGAAAUAAACAAAGGUAUCUCUGCCGACUCUGCUGGAAGCACGCCAUCCAGUUUCAAAGGUGAAGAAAAGAAUCACCAUGUGUCGAUGACGACAACGAAAAAGAGUUCUAAAGUAAUGGACAGUCCUCCCCGUUCUCCAUCAUUAAGCCCUUCAGAAAAGCAGGGCAAGGACAGACGUCGUAAGUCACGACACCACAGCCACCACCACCACCACCGGAAGAAGCGCUCACGUUCCCGCAGCCGAUCACGCUCGCGCUCCAGGGACGACAAGCGACGAGAGCAACGUGAUCGCGACCGAGUGGGCAGCGAUAAAGACAUCAGCAAACGAAAAGACAGGGAAUCUGCCCAUUCGCUGAAGAGCACAACGACGACGGGUGAUAGGUACGGAGAGAACCGCGAUCGUGAUCGAGAGCGGGAACGGGAUCGCGAUAAAGAGCGCGAUUAUAAAUAUCGCAGCAAAGACAACAACAGCUUCCGAGAGGAGAAGAGAGAUUCGAAGAAGGAGAGGUCGAGACAUCGGGAUCGUUCAUUGUCGCGAGAUCGACGACGUUGAUGCAUUCUUUGGAACUGAUUUCGGAUGUGAAUUUGAAACAAAACACAAAACCUCAAUCCACGAUGAUGAUGAUGAUAAUGAUGAUGUCUUGUCAUCUCCUUAAAAACAAGAAACCAUUUUUCUUUUUUUCUCCUUCUUCUCUUUCUCUAUUUGUGUCGUCGUGUCUGCCUCUCGUGUGUUUUGUAUCCUUCCGUACCCUUUCCGGCUGACGGCAGCUCACAUGGUUCCAUAUAAGAAUGAUUUCUUUUGUUCUCGAUUAUCAUUAUUUUCUCUUUUCCAUUUCAUUUUGGCUUCUUUUUUAGAUUCAAUUCAGUACUACCCCGUACCGCCCGCUCCCGAUUUCGACGUCUCUCUUUUGGUUUUCUCCUUUUUCGUUUGUGACGAAUAGGAAGUAUUUCCAUUUUAUGAAAUAAAAGAGAAGAAAGAAAAUAAAAAAGUGCUCCAUUCAUCCCAAUGCAAAA